ACGCACUCUCUCUCUCUCUCUCUCUCUCUCUCACACACAUAUGAUAUGAUAUGAUAAUGAUUGUAUUAUUACUGGGGCUGGGGCUGGGGCAGGGGCAGGGCCGCGGGGGGCGUUCUGUGGAAAAUCUGAGAGACGUCGUCGACGUCGAUAACGGAAAUUCUCUAGAGGAGUAGGGUUUGGGUUUCUUCUCUGGUUCUGUUCUGUUCGGUUGGGUGUAUGAGAAUAUCUUCUUCUCCAAGGAAAAGGAAAGUAAUCUGCCUGCCUGCCUGCCUGCCUGCCAUGAGUAAAUCCGCGUUCAAGGACUCCCUCAAAGCUCUCGAAGCUAAUAUCCAGCAUGCCAAUACUCUGUGGAUGUAUCAUUGCUUGGAGUUAUAACGGCACGGCUGUACGCGUGGGAGUUGUUUUCACCAGGGCAUUGGACUAUCCAAGAGACAAUGGAGCGUGCCUUCAGAUGAGACUGUCCUUCAGUCCAGUUGCUCACUUGUUUCUCUUUCUGGUCCAGUGGACUGAUUGUCACCUUGCUGGUGCACUUGGUUUGCUAAGAAUUCUUAUAUAUAUGACCUAUGCAGAUGGCAAGACCACCAUGUCUGUUUAUGAGAGGAAAGCAACCAUCAGAGACUUUGAUGCGGUCAUAUUUCCUUCGCUAUUGCAACUUCAAAAAGGCAUUACAGACUUGGAAGAACGGAAGCAGAGAAAGGUUUGUUCUAGUCGGUACAGAAAGAGGGAAGACAUUCCUCGGGACAGACUUUCUCAACUUGACUUAGAAAGGGAAGAAGAGUGUGGAAUUUGCUUGGAGACCACUCUCAGAGUUGUGCUGCCAAACUGCUGCCAUUCUUUGUGUUUGAAGUGCUACCAUAACUGGCACAGUCGAUCUCAGUCAUGCCCGUUCUGCCGGGACAGUCUCAAAAGAGUAAACUCAGAUGACCUUUGGAUCUGCACAGAUGAGCAAGACGUGGUGGAUCUGCCUACAAUUUUGGAGGAGGAUCGACAGAGGCUGUUCAUGUACGUUGAUAAAUUGCCACUCGUGGUUCCAGAUACCGUGUUAGUUCCGUAUGGUGCUUCCCAUUAUAGGUGAUGUGCAUACUUCUUAGAAACGCAUAUGUACAGAGGUAGCUUGUAUUUAAUUAAGACUCGUCAGCUGGAGAUGUUGAAACGCUCUUUCAACGUCUUCAAUGGAAAAACAUGUAUAGUAUACGCCCAACUUUUGACUUGAAGUUGGCCACCAAAGCAGCUUCCCUUUUUUAUAAUCCUAUAUAUGAACGUGCGAGUUGGUAAGGGACAUAACUUUGUCCCCUAAA